AUGGCACCACCACCACCUCACAUCAUUAGGCUAUUGUUUUUUCUUCAUUUCUUCCUUGAUCUUAAAGUUGUUUUAGCCUAUUCCGAGAUCGACCCUCUUCUAAAAUUCAAGGAUUCUUUACAUUUACAAAACAAAUCCAAAUUGUUGCCGAGUUGGAGUGCCUCAACCGCACCAUGCUCAGGCCGUACCGCCAAUUGGGAAGGCAUUCUUUGCAGCCAGCAUGGUAAGGUAUGGGGUUUGAAGCUUGAGAAUAUGGGACUCAAGGGUGUCAUUGAUGUCCAUUCUCUCAAACAAUUGGCUGAUCUCAGAACCAUAAGUUUCAUGAACAAUGGUCUUCAUGGACCAAUGCCUGAUAUUGGACAACUCAGUUCCCUCAAAUCAGUCUACUUAUCUAACAAUCAUUUCUUUGGGGAGAUUGACUCUGUCAUGUUCUCGAAAAUGCUUUCAUUGAAAAAAGCAGAUCUGUCCAACAAUCACUUCGGGGGUGCCAUCCCUUCUGCAUUGACGCUUUUGCCUAAGCUUGUCUUGCUUAGGCUUGAGAUCAAUCAUUUUCAAGGGCAGAUACCACUAUUCCCAAACAAAACAUGGGCUUCUUUCAAUGUAUCCAAUAACAGAUUGAGUGGUCAAAUCCCACCAACACUUGGCAAUUUGGACCAAACCUCAUUUCAAGGCAAUGAUGAUCUCUGUGGACCACCUUUGAAACCAUGUAGUUUUGGAAAGCCAUCAUUACUGAGCAUAGUGGUGGUAGUUGUAGUGGUUGUAAUUGCACUAGCUGCCAUAGUUGUUGUCAUCAUCAUCCUAAGCCACCGCAGCAGCAGCAGCAGAAGCCAGCCAACUACUUCUAUAGAGGCUCCUCCCUCGCCAACGCCAUUGCAAGAAAAAGCAGGCACUAGUAAUAACUUUAACGGUUGUGUAGAUGAUCAAGCUGUUGAUGAACCUCAAAGUUCAUCCCCACUUGGAAGCAGUGCAAGUAGCAAAAAGAAAGUAGCAGACAAGUUCAAGGUGACGUUUGUGAGAGAUGACAGGGAGAAGUUUGAUAUGCAAGACUUGCUAAGAGCUUCGGCUGAGAUGUUGGGAGGAGGGCGGUUCGGUUCUUCUUACAAGGCAGCUUUGUUGAGUGGCCCUGUGAUGGUUGUGAAGAGGUUUAAGCAAAUGAACAACGUGGGAAGAGAAGAGUUUCAGCAGCAUAUGAGGAGACUAGGAAGGUUGAGACACCCCAACUUGCUUCCUCUUGUGGCUUACUACUAUAACAAGGAUGAAAAGCUCUUGCUUUUUGACUACAUUGACAAUGCUACAAGCUUGGCCUUUCAUCUUCAAGUUGAUCAUCGUCCCCUUGAUUGGAGAACACGUUUGAAGAUAGUGAAAGGGAUAGCUAGAGGCAUUUUACAUCUCCACAACGAGCUACCAAGCCUAAUAGCGAGUCACGGACACCUUAACACCUCAAACAUUCUACUCAAAGAAGUUUCUUAUGAACCAGUGCUGUGUGACUAUGGCCUAAUCCCAUUGAUGAAUCAAGAAGAUGCCCAUGAAUUGAUGGAGGCUUACAAAUCGCCGGAGUACCUCCAACACGGGCGGAUCACGAAGAAGACAGACGUGUGGAGCCUUGGCAUAGUGAUACUCCAGAUAGUGAUGGGAAGAGAAGAAGUGGAGGAGUUGGUGAGGAGGUCAGAUAGUCCUGUGGAGGAGUGGUUGGUGAUGGAGAAGGAAGGUUGGGAAGAGGAGGAGAUGGUGAAGCUGUUGAAGAUAGGAUUGGGGUGUUGCUUAGGUGAUGUGGAGAAGAGAAUGGAUAUCAAAGAAGUUAAUGAGAAGAUUGAAGAGUUGAAAGAAGAAGUGAUUGUUGUUACUAUCCAUGAUAUAAAUGAUGAAGAUUUUUACUCUUCUUGUGCUAGUGAUAUUGACAUGAGAUCCUCAAGAGGAAUGUCUGAUGAGUUUAUCAAUUACUACUUCAAAGGUUGA